AUGGUGAGAGUUCCACAACCUGACAAGCCAAAGAUUUGGGUAACUGUAUUGGAUUUAAAGAAAAACAGUAUCAGUUGCAUAAAUAUAACGAUGUUGACACAGGAUUUCCCAAAUUUACGCCACAUGGAUCUUCGUGAAAACCCCAUCAACUGUGGAGUAGUCAAAAGCAUUAGCACACGAGCACUGCACGUCAUCAGUGACUGUUAUUCUUUUAACAUGACCAGCACAAACUCGCCACUAACCGGAGGCAGAGCAACCACUACCGUAGACACAUCUCUCUCUACAGCUGGACUGCAAUUUUACGUUUCUUCAUCAGCAUCUCUGGUUCCCACAUCUUUGUCUAUCGCCCCCAGUGUAGAAAAACAGAAAACACUUGCCUUUAUAAUACUCAUGAUCCCGGUCGCCACCCUCUCCCUGGGAUAG